AUGGCCCCUAAAAGAGCAUCAAAGACACCAGCUGGAGCCACCCCUAAGUGCCAGAAGAAAGUGAUGACUCUGCAGGAGAAGGUGGAGUUGUUGAAUAAGUCAAGGGAGGGAAUGUCGUUCGCUGCUGUGGGGCGACUGUACAACGUGAAUGAAAGCACGGUACGUACCAUCAAGAAAAGGGAAAAAGAUAUCUGUGAUGCUGUAAGUGCCAGUGCUCCACGCAGUGCUAAGCAUGUCAGCCAAGUGAGGGAGAAGGCAAUGGUGAAGAUGGAGAAUGCCUUGUUUCUGUGGAUAGAGGACCAGCAUCGGAAAGGUGUAGUAGUGGACUCUAUCCUUAUCCAGGAGAAAGCUAAGUCUCUACACACACGCUUCACGCCUGCAGCUGAGGAACCCGUACCCAGUACCAGUGCUGCUACCCCCACAACCUGA